CUGCUUCCGUCGUUGUCCGAGGUCGAGUCGGAGGACGCCCGAGGAACCGACGACGGAGCCUACCGACUGGAUCGCGCGACCCAACCGGACGACGAGACGGGCGAGGACGACGAGUGGGUGCCACGCCACGCCGAGGUCUGGCGCCGCAGCGCAUCCGAGCUCGCCGACUGCGUUGCGGCCGCCUUGGCGAGCAGCCACAGUGGCACGGUGGAACCUGCAUCGCCGACCAAGAACCAGCUGCUGGCGAAGCGCAUCUUGAAGCCGGACCGCACGAUCCCACGGACAAAGCUGCGCUUUCUGCACCGGCGGACGACACGCGUCGCCUUCUCGACCGCGACCAUAUAUGAGUUCGCGCGGACGCUUGGCGGCUGCACGGUGCCCACGCAGGCCGAUGGCCCGUCGCUCGGCAUGGCCUAUCACCACACACAUGUGCACGUCGAGUUCGUCUCGGCGCGCGGCCGUAGAGAGGCCCUAACGCCGCUCGCCAUUUCCGACCGGUAUGGACUGCUUUGGGCGGCGGGCUGCGCCGCCGACGCGAUGGACGACGCGUGGGCCGAGACCGAAGCGCUCCAUGCACAUCGGAUGGCCGCGCUCCGAGAACUGGUCGCGGACGAGGACGCGGCGCUGGAGAAAGCGUGGCGCAGGUGGACUGUGCGCCAGUGCAUGCUUGCGCACACGACCUCCCACAAGUGGCACAACCGAGUCCGCGUCACGCUCCGCCGUCUCUUUCGCUCGGCGCCAUAG